AUGUUAGCACUAAAAGCUUCUAGAACUGAUAAAUUUUCUAUACGCAUUGAUUUAAACGGAGAAGUAGAAAAUAAAGAUAGAACAGAGCAGAAACAAAAUAGCACAGUAAUUGAAGGACAAAAUAGUGGAUGGAAACAUGAUUUUGUCUAUAGUUUCAAAUUACAAAGUAAAGUAUGCCAAGUGGGAUUUGGCGAGGUUGUUGGCGAUGCUUUUUUAAAAGAUAAGAAGAAGAGAAGAAAUGAUCUUUACAAAAUUCUUAAGGAAACGGAUGUUGAAUCAGGCAGCUCUUCUUUUGGACAAUUUAAAACCUAA